AUGUCCCCGCGCCUUCUAAACAACUCAGAGGCAGAGGACUACCGCCAUGAGCUUUGUGCAGGUCUCCGAAUAUUAGAGCAAGCUGGUUUCGAGCUUCCCGCACGAGUGUCCCUGCCUUCCGGCCGAAAGCAGGACCUGAGGCUCGGCUGGGUGCUGGGUGAGAAGCAGGAGGCCAUGAUUGUGGAGUGGGCCACCAAGAACCACUGCGUAUUGCGGGACAACGACGAGAACAUCGACCGGUUCCGCACCGUGUAUUUCUCUGGCGAUCGCUAUGCACGCUCGCUGGCCAUCGAGGGCGGCGUUGCAAAUGUUUAUACGCCGCAAGGCGCGGAAUCCUUGUUCUGGGUCGACACCAACUCGGUUAUCCCGGAGGACCGCUACACGGCGCGCGAGUGCAAGCAGAUCGCAAAGCUGCUCGGCUUCGAGGGGUUGCCGAAAUGGUAUCCGACGAUGGCAUAUAUCGACGGUUAA